AGUUUGAUUUUGAAAGUUAAGCAACCGGAAGUGUUUGCCUUCGUUAGCUUAUUAGCUCGUAUGACCUGGUGUGUCCUCCAAUAUCUGAGAUUUGACAGCUAGCUGAUUCAAGGAUAAGACCAGAUCAUGGUUUUCGAGGAGAAAAGGAUCACGAACGGAGAACCAGAGGAGGAGGAAGAAGAAGAGGAAGAGAUGGUGGAUCCUGUUGAAUCACUGCGGCAGAAAUGUGCGGAGACAGAACACUGCAUUCACACCUGGGAGCGUCUGGAGCAAUGUGAGACCAGAGUUGGCUCCCGGUCUUCAACGGAGGAGGACUGUACCGAGGAGCUGUUUGACUUCCUACAUGCUCGAGACCACUGUGUGGCACAUAAAUUGUUCCAUUCUGUCAAAUGAAGCUCUCAGUAACUGACCACUGGCUGAUGGCUUUCUUCACAUAUUGUAUCGUAAGAAGAACUUGGAGUAAAAUACAUCCAUUUGUGGAUCUACUGUAUGUUGUAACUUGAAGUGUAUACAUUAUCUGCUCAUGUAAAAAAGUAUUUAACAUGUCUGAGUCAACA